GAUCAUUCUGAGCCCCGUUUCUUCAGCUCCUGAGAGGCUGGUGUGAUCAGGGUGGUCUUUUGAGAUGGAGCCAGAAUGCUUCGUUUCUCUGGUGUCCUUCAGCUGAGAGAAAACACAAAGCUUCACAGGCUGAACGAGCGCUGGGUGACGGUGUUAUGCAAUCGGCCGGUGCCCCACUGAAGCCUCAAGCUCUCAGUGUUUUGUGAAUGGGAGCGAGAGGGAGGUGCAGGGGGGAGGAGUUGGACUUGGACCAUCCAGAGCUGACUGACGGGAUCCACGAAACCAGAAAACCUCCACAUUACAGAGCAAAACCUGAGAAUAUACAGGAAACGUGACACUGCAACGUUCUAAUGAAAGAAGAGAAAGAGAUGAUGGACCCGUCUAAUGGGCUGAACCGGCCGCUGGAGAUUGUCCCAAACACGGAGGUGAAGAUGAAGGACAGAGGACAGUGGAGCAACAAGCUGGAGUUUGUCCUGUCGGUGGCCGGAGAGAUCAUUGGACUGGGAAACGUGUGGCGCUUCCCGUAUCUCUGCUACAAGAACGGUGGAGGUGCAUUUUUCAUCCCCUACCUGAUCUUCCUCUUCACCUGCGGUAUUCCCGUGUUUUUCCUGGAGAUCUCUCUGGGUCAGUUCACCAGCGAGGGAGGAAUCACAUGCUGGAGGAAGAUCAGCCCGCUGUUUGAAGGCAUUGGUUACGCCACUCAGGUCAUCGUGGCUCUGCUCAACUUCUACUAUAUAAUAGUUCUGGCCUGGGGAAUAUUUUACCUGUCCUUCUCCUUCACCUGGAACCUGCCGUGGGCCUCCUGCAACAACACCUGGAACACAGAUGCUUGUGUGGAAUUCCAAAGACGAAAUGUAUCCAAUGACCAAAGUUACCUUGAUAACGCAACAUCACCUGUCAUUGAGUUUUGGGAACGCAGAGUUUUGCGGAUCUCGUCUGGGAUUGAGGAGAUAGGAACGCUGCACUGGGAUCUGGUCCUCUGUCUGUUGUUGGCCUGGGUUCUCUGCUAUUUCUGCAUCUGGAAAGGCGUCAAAUCCACCGGCAAGGUGGUGUACUUCACUGCGACCUUCCCGUAUGUGAUGCUGGUGAUUUUACUGAUCAGAGGGGUCACACUGCCUGGAGCAUCCCGUGGGAUCCAGUUCUAUCUUUAUCCCGACUUGGGACGGUUAGCCGACCCGCAGGUGUGGAUGGACGCAGGCACGCAGAUCUUCUUCUCGUAUGCUAUAUGUUUAGGUUGCCUCACUGCACUCGGAAGCUACAAUAAAUACAACAACAACUGCUACAGGGAUUCUUUGGCCCUGUGUUUCCUGAACAGCGGAACCAGUUUUGUCGCUGGUUUUGCCAUCUUCUCGAUUCUCGGCUUCAUGUCUUAUGAACAGAACGUCCCAAUUUCAGAAGUGGCAGAGUCCGGUCCUGGUUUGGCGUUCAUUGCAUAUCCGCGGGCAGUGUCCAUGAUGCCCAUCUCUCCGCUGUGGGCUUGUUUCUUUUUCAUCAUGAUUGUACUUCUGGGGUUGGACAGUCAGUUCGUGUGUGUGGAGAGUCUGGUCACGGCUAUGGUGGACAUGUACCCCGCUUUCUUUCGGCAGAAGAACCGCAGAGAGCUGCUCAUCCUCGCCGUGGCCGUCGUGUCCUUCCUCGUGGGCCUCAUUAUGCUCACAGAGGGUGGAAUGUAUGUCUUCCAGCUGUUUGAUUACUACGCAGCCAGUGGGAUGUGUUUGCUAUUCGUAGCUAUUUUUGAGACCGUCUGCAUCGCUUGGAUAUAUGGUGCUAAUCGGUUUUAUGACAAUAUUGAGGACAUGAUUGGUUACCGUCCCGGCCCAUAUAUUAAAUACUGCUGGCUCUUCUUCACCCCAGCCACAUGUUUUGGUACGUUUGCGUUCUCCCUGAUCAAAUACACUCCUCUGAAGUAUAAUAAUGAGUAUGUGUACCCGUGGUGGGGUUACGCUCUCGGCUGGCUGCUGGCGCUCUCUUCUAUGGUUUGCAUCCCGCUAUGGGUUGUUUCUAAACUGAGCAUGGCCAAAGGUUCACUGAGAGAGCGGAUCCACGAGCUCAUCACGCCCUCACCGGACCUCCCCAAAACCAGACAAGAGCAGGAGAAACUUCAGGCCAUCUUUGCAGCCGACGGCGACACUCUUCGCCAGCGAGGCGGUCCGACCAAAGAUGGGUACUUCCCCGUCAGCGAGAAGGAGUCGCACUGUUAGCUCAGCCGUCCCAUGAUGGACCACUGUAUGUUUCCCUGAGGGUGGUGCUUCUAAACCUUCCCAUGAUACCUCACACAGUACUGGCAGCCAAAUAAGCAUUACGAAAUAAUCCACCUCUCCUCGGUCUGUCUGAGAGGGGAUUUGAAGUGCUUCAUGCUUGUUCUCAUUGACCAGAGCACACAAAAACACAGUUUGUGCCAAUAUUAUAGACAGCAGAAUGUAGUCACUUAUUUUAAAUGUAAUGUUGAGAGAAAGCUUAGAGUUAGCUGGCGCUAUUUCUAAUUUAUGUCUUAACUAAGCCACACAAGUGCAGACCCGUGCACGCUCAAAUUUCAUUGGAUAAGCAUUACGGGCAAGAUUUUUCAUGCACUGGUCAGUUUUGAAAUUUUGGGCUUUGUGGCUUUCCAUAAUAUGUUUCUGUGUAAUGGAAAGAAAACAUCUAAAAUACACUUUGAAGUUUAUAUUGCAUUUUAUCUAUUUGCAUCUGAGCAUUUACAUUUUUAAACACCAUUUUUUAGGCCAUUUUCUCAAAAUGAGAUUUUACUCCACUUACAGUACGUAGUACGUACUUACACCAAGCUUAACAGUUUUAGUCAUAUUUAUAUUCUGAAGGUUUUUAUAGAGGGGUUUGUUCACAAGUCAUUCGGUUGAUUUUUCUAAAAACAUGGUGACUUGUUUUCUUUUUUUUUUGUCUAAAUAAAUAUUUUCUGAUAAAAAGAGAAGAAGAAAAACCCCU